GAUUAACUUCAAGUGAUGCACAGAUAAAGUUUAAGCUAAGAGUUUAGUCGUUUGAAGUUUGAAGAACUGAAAAUGAAAAAUAUUUUUUGCAGUUGUUUUGUGAUUUUUAUACUUUUUGAAAAAUAUAUAAAUUGCUCUUUUCCAAAUAUUAACGGUGGUUUAAUUAAUAUAGCAAGUAAUUCAAAUUGUACGGCAACAACUACUUUUCUCUUGUCGUCUAACCUGGAAAGAUACUAUUGCAAAAAUGCUUUAAAACCUUUUUGGCAAGAAUUAAUGGGAUGGGCCUCGAAUUGUACAGAUAAGAGUUCGUGCAAUCAGCAAUCUUUGACGAUUUAUUUCGAAAAGACGUACGAUGUUUUAGAGAUAUGUUUGUGGCAAAGAUUUCAGUUUGCUUUAAAAGUAGUUAAAGAAGUUGAGAUAACUUUCAGUAAUAACUCAUCGUUUAAUGUAAAUUUGGAUAAUGAUUUCCUAGGAAAGUGCUUUCUAGUACCAGACAAAAGAGGAAUGAUGUCCAAUUCUAUGAAAGUAUCAAUAAAAGAUACUUUUUUAAAUGGAACAAACGGAUUUAGAAGUAUAAUGAUAUAUGCUUACGAUGAUCAGAAAAACCUAAACGAUACUGAUCAUGUUUAUUUCCACAAUAUGGCAUCAUCUUAUUCUGGAAGUAAUUGCUCAAGUAAUAAAAAAUCAUUGAAUAAUGAUUAUAACUGCUUGGAACUUUUGGAUUAUAGCAAGUCGACUGAAUGGAAAAUUAACUGCUCAGCUUUAGAAUGUAUUAAUUCUACACUUAAUAUUAGCUUUUAUACCACUCAGAUUCCUAAGCUAUUUUGCUUUAGUCAUAGAUAUGACAUUAAUUCAUUUACUAAAGAUUGGAGCCUUUUAUGGGGUUCUGGUUUUGUUCAAGAAGUCACAUUACCAAUGAAUUUUGAACAGCAUUGCUUUAAAUACAAAGGAAAUUCAAAAGAAAGUUCAGUGAACCUUGUUCUAAAGUCAGUAAGGACAAAUAAUACGGCAGUUGUCGGAUUACUUUCGUUUUCCGUUUUGACUCAUAUUAAACCAGAGAAAGAAUUUGAAAUUCAGAAGGGAUCAAAUGAAAAGGCUCUUUAUUAUCUUCCUAUGUCUGUAAGUAAUGGUGAACAUACUUUUUCCUUUGGUGUAUAUGGUCAAAGUAAAGGAAAUAGAUCACAAUGCGGAGGAAUUACUUUAGAGUUUAGAAACCAUAGCUCAUCAUUAUUUAAACUCUCAAUAGAUCUUUACUGGAAUUCAACAACAACAGCGACAAGUCUAUUUAAUGUUUUAAAGAACAUAACAACGAUUGUGUAUAACUCGAACAAUAAUUCGUAUUUAGAGUGUAAAGAAUGGAGAAAAUUUUGGAUCUUGGUUAAAAAUAACACUAUACAAUUUGGUAGCAAUAUGGAAAGUGUUAAUAAUUCUAUACUAGAGAUGAAUAAUGUGUCCUUUUCUAAAUAUACGAACAUCGCUUUUUAUAACGAAGAUUAUGGAGCAGUUAAUAGAAUUAAAUUCUAUAGAAAAAACGAAGUAAAAAAAGGUUCGGCUGAAAAACAAUGUUAUACUUGUAGCACAUCCGAUGGAAUACAAUGUUCCAAGGUCAGCAAUUCAACACAGAAGGAAAGUUGUGUUGCUCCGGGCCAUAAAUGUGUUAGUAUUGCAAUAACCCUGCCCAACAACUCAAAUCAAUUACAAGGCUAUUAUCGCGAUUGUUUAUCUGUCUCUCAAGUGACUAGUAUGCCAAAUGGCUGUUUCAACAAUGGCGACUUUAAUUCAAAAUUAACAGCUUCGGGGAUAUCUAUUCCGAAUAUUGAUGCCAAUAAUGUCAAGGGAUGCGUUACUCAAUGCAAUCCAUCAGACGUAGUUUGUAAUAAUUAUAUAGCUUCCCACUUGGGAAAUGCUUGCACACAAGACGAUCACUGCCCCGGAAAUUUUGAAAAGUGUUCAACGUCAACUUGCGAUUGUGAUGUUGGCUAUACUAAAAAUGGAGAUGUGUGCGAAGCAGUAAACUCUGCCUCAAAUGAAACGACCACAGCUGUGGUAAAUGUUACGACGUUCACCACUUUAUCCAACUCUAGUAAUAACCAAAACACAACGAUGACGUCAACUGUUGGACUGAACACCCCCUCAAAUUCAACUGUAACAACUCAAACUAUGUUAGUUAACUCGACGAAUUCGACUUCAUCAAGCUCCCAAUCAACUAAAACUAUGGAGACUCAGACUAGUCAAGCAAUAACUGGUACAUCCAACACUGCAACGCAAUCAGGGUCUACAAUUUCAGGGACUGGCACUACAAUGACUGAAAGUGCAGGGACUGGAACUACAAUGACUGAAACUAUAGGGACUGGAACUACAAUGACUGAAACUAUAGGGACUGGAACUACAAUGACUGAAACUGUAGGUACUAUGACGACUCCUACAGUCGGUUCAGGUUCAACUGGAACUACUCCAACAAUGAGAACUUCAUCCCUAGGGAUAGGGGAAAAUCAGUCAACAACUACCGUAUCGUACCAAUCAACUGCCUCACCAAGCACAAUAACUGAGCAAAUUACGACAAAAAAGAUUGAAACAACUACAACAGCAUUACCAACAACAACGAAAAGUGAAACAACUAUCGCUACGACAACAGCAGCAAAUACUGCUACUUGGUCAGAUUGGAACUCUUGGUCUUCAUGCUUAGCUAACUGUGGUGUUUGCGAAAAAACAAGAGUAAGACAAUGUCGGGAGUCUUCUUUCACUGUUGCCAAUUCAAGGUGUGAUGGAAAUGCUACCGAGUCUAGUAGUACAGACUUAGGUAAAUGUACAAUACCAACAAGUCCAUGUACAGCGUCUCCUUGUGGAACUGGAUCAACGAAAUGUACAGCCUCUUCCGACUUCUCUUCCUAUACGUGCACUUGUAAAAGUGGUUAUUCAAAUGCAGGGAAAAAUACUCCAUGUCAGAACAUAAAUGAAUGUAGUCUAAAUAAUAAUGAUUGUACUAAGCCUGGCGCCUUACUAUGCGCCGAUUCUGAAGGAACCUACGACUGCACAUGCAAAAAUGGCUAUAUUAAAAAUUUACAAGAAGUCCGAUCUUGUAUAGAUGUUAAUGAAUGUACAAGUAAUACACAUAAUUGCGAUUCGUCCGAUAGAGCAGCCUGUACAAACAAUGGUGGCAGCUUUUCAUGUAGUUGUAUAUCUGGGUUCAUUGGUUCUGGUCUCCUUGGAACAUGCAAAAGAACAACAACUGUUGAUCUUGUCUUUACAUCAAUGAAUUUAUUAAGCGGUUCCAAGAGUUCAUUUCAAUUCGCUCCUUUCAGUAUACCUCUGGCAGAUGGUUUAUAUAGAGCAUAUUACAUAACAAGAAAUGGCUUGAUCAUUUUUCUUAAUUUAAUGCCGUCAGAUUCCGUUGAUAGUCAGGAGUAUCUAAAGGAUUUUUUGAAUCCUACCGAUUUACCUUUUAGUCGUUAUACCUUUCCAAAUUCCAAGUGGCCUCAUAGAGCUAUAAUAGCCCCUUAUUGGGCUGCAAAUAAAUUGUCUAGUACAAAUGCUGCCGAAGGUAAAGGUGUUUUUUAUCAAGAAUAUUCAACAGGAAGCUCUGUUAUUUCAACCUUGCAAACAACUAUUAGAAAUUCAGUUUCUGGUGCGAGCAGUUUUACUGCCAAGUGGUGUCUAGUUGUUCACUGGGGAAAAGUUGAAUAUCCGGGAAAAACCAGUUUAACAAACACUUUUCAAUGCGUCAUUUGUACAGAUUACAAAAACACUCACUCGGUUUUUCUUUAUCCUGAUAGAGAAAUGAAUUGGGUUGUUCCAAUUACAACAGCCAAUUUACAAAUAAGAAGCGGAUAUUCGAUUAAAAAAUUGGAUAAUUCUUACAUUUCCGAAGAAUAUUCGGGCUCCUACGCACCGGCAAAUGAUCAGAACUUGAUAAAGUCUCUUGCUGAUAUCUACGAAUAUCUCAAAGAUGGCACUAAAUCUGCUUUAAAUGGGGGAAAGCACGGAUAUUCUUUCAGUUCUAAUCCAUCAUCUUUUGAAAAUCCUACUCUAAAAUGUAGUCAAUGGAUAACAGCAGACAUAGCAGCUGCUGGAACCUUUCUAGAUAAAGCAUACAAUUGUCCUUGCGCUAAAAGUCAAUUAACAGAAUUUUGGAAGAAAGUUACAGGAACUUCUUGCUAUGAAUCGAGGAAUCCUGAUUCCAGCGAUGAUCAGGAAGUAACACCAAGAUGUUGCUAUAAUAAUGACGGAACGUUCAUUCAAGGAAACAAUGCUGUAUCAAUCAUAAAGAAUCAUCUUAGGAGAUAUGGUGUAAAUACGACAAGAAAAUAUGCUGAUGAUAUUGAAGCAUACACAACGUGCUGUACAGAAGACCAAUCAAAGCAACUCUGUUCAUCAUAUUUAGCAAGAAGGCCACCUUCUUCCUGUGAAAACUUCGUGGCUGCAAAAACUAGCACAAGUUAUGGUGAUCCUCAUAUUAUAACAUUGGAUAACGCUAAUUAUACCUUUAACGGUUUGGGUGAAUAUGAUUUGGUGAUAGCAAAUUUUUCAGGCUUUGCCUUUAUGCUACAAGGAAGAACUGAAACCAUUCAAACUGUUAAUAGCGAUACUUCAAAAGCUACGAUAUUUUCAUCUAUUGCAGCAAAACAAACAGACUCUAGCAAAAUAGAAUUUAGGUUAAAUUCAACAAAAACAGGUAUCGAAAUUAUCAAAGAUGGAGAAUUAAUCAGUGACGAAUCUACUAUAAGAUCCGAUUCUGGUCAAGAUUUUACUAAAGUAUCAGUUAAGAUAACAAAUGAUGUUUAUACUAUGGCUUUCUAUUCAGAAAUUGUUAUUAGAGCUAGUGUUAUUCAACAGAUAUUAGCUCUUUCUGUUUUAGCUCCACCUUCAUUGAAAGGUAAACUUACUGGUAUUUUUGGCAAUUAUAACGAUGACGAGAAUGAUGACUUUUUCUAUCGAAACGGAACUUCUGUCAGCAGAGACUCUACGGAAGAGGCUCUCUUUCAUAUGGGUCAAACUUGGUUAAUUGAUGAAUCAUCAUCGUUGUUCACUUAUCCAUCGGGGAAAUCUGCAGCAGAUUAUAGAAAUACAUCUUUCAUACCCAUUUUUUUGGAUAAUUUAUCCGCUAACUGUGCCUUUUACGAUCUAGCCAAGGACACUUGUGGUGGCGAUAGAGGCUGUAUGGCAGAUAUUUGUUUAACAGGAAACAAAGAAAUUGGGGCUAGUACAGCAGAGAAGAAAAAAUCUUUUGAAGAAGAGAAGAAGAAGCUGCAAAAUUAUCCUCCAACUUUUGGCAAUGAUACAAUCAGUGUAAGGAUAACAAAAGGUCAAACUUUAACCCAGCAGAUUACAGCUACUGAUAGAAAUGGUGAUUCUAUUACUUAUGAAAUAGAAACUCCUAUACCAACUGGAGCAAGUAUUAGUUCCACUGGUGUUCUAACAUGGAACGUCCCAUCAACUAAAACAACUUUUUCACUUAGCAUAAGCGCUAGAGAUUCUAGUGGUGCAAAGACUAUCGUUCAAAUUUCAGUCCAACACUGCCUGUGUGAAAAUUUAGCAACAUGUAACUGGGUUGAUGGAAGCGAUAACUAUAUACAAGUUGGUUGUAUAUGUAAAACAGGAUGGGAAGGAUCCUUAUGUGAAACUGACAUCGAUGCAUGCGCAGAUACACCUUGCUUUACUCAAUGUACAGAUAAAACACCGUCAGAAAUAAGUAGCCCAAGUGAUGAUGGCUACACAUGUCUAGCUUGUCCUUCAGGCAUGAUAGGAAAUGGUAAAACUUGCACAGAUUUGGAUGAGUGUCAAACGAAUAAUGGAGGUUGUCAACACAAGUGCGAAAAUAUACCAGGCUCCUUCACAUGCAUGUGUAACAGUGGUUAUGUUGCGAGUGGAAAAACUUGCAUAAAUGAAAAUGAGUGCACUCUAAAUACGCAUAAUUGUCAUUCAAAUGCUCAAUGCGAAGAUACAGCUGGUAGUUUUAAUUGUACUUGUAAAUCAGGCUAUUCGGGAAGUGGAACGAGCUGCGUUGACAUAAACGAGUGUACUUCCGGUGCAAGUAAAUGUGAUGUAACAUCAACGACAUGCGAGAAUUUAAGUGGAAGUUACAAAUGUGUUUGUAAAGGAGGUUAUAGAACGAACACAACGGAUUCAUUUAGAUGUGUUGAAAUCGAUGAAUGCCAAGGAAAUCAUGCUUGCCAACAAAAAUGUAUCGACGGUCUGGGUACAUAUUCCUGCGGUUGUUACGAUGGAUAUGACAUUUCACAAUCUGAUGUUAAGGCCUGCGUUGCAAAAACAGAAUGUUCAACUGCUGAAAAGGGUGAUUGCGUUGGCGGUAUGUGUGCAAAGGUAAACGGAGUUGCAAAAUGUACAUGCCCUCCUAAAAAAGUUUUAAGCCAAAAAGAGUGUGUUGAUGAAGAUGAGUGUACAAGUGCUGCUAAACACAUUUGUGAUUUAUCAACUUCAAUGUGUGUUAAUAAAGAUCCAGGAUAUGAGUGCAAAUGUAAUACUGGCUAUGAAUUAGAUAAAGAUGGAUUUACAUGUAUUGAUAAAGAUGAAUGUGCAGAUGGUUCUUCUGGAUGCGACUCUUCAAAUGGAAUAUGCACAAAUUCUAAAGGCUCUUUCCAAUGCAGUUGCAAAAGUGGAUACCAAUUGAGCUCGGGUGGUAAAAAUUGCACAGAUAUUGAUGAAUGUUUACAAAGACCUUGCGAUGCUAAUUAUGGAGUUUGUAACAAUACAAUUGGGUCUUUUAUUUGUACAUGUAUGUCAGGCUUUACUGGAAAUGGAUUUAUAUGCAGUGAUCUGAAUGAAUGCGCUGCUAGUGACAAAGGAGGAUGUUAUCACCAAUGCGAAAAUACCAUUGGUUCUUUCGAGUGUAAAUGCUCAACUGGUUACGAAUUGAAUGCUAAUGGAAAGAAGUGUGAUGAUAUAGAUGAAUGCAAAGUUCAAUCUCUAAAUGGCUGCUAUAACAAUAAUUGUACAAAUACUGUUGGAUCGUUCAUAUGCAGUUGCCCUUCCGGUUUCCGCUUAAAGAGCGAUAGGAAAACGUGUGAAUCCAUAUUCACUUGCCCUUCUAACAAUACAUGUUCUCAUAGUUGUGCCAUGAUAAAUGGUGUAACGUUAACGUGUUUGUGUCCUAAUGGAUACGAAAUCAGCAGUGCAAACUCCAGCCAAUGCGUUGAUACAGAUGAAUGUACAUCUGAGGGUUCUACGUUAUGCCCAUCGAGUAAAAAUGUUAAGUGUGUAAAUACAGUUGGAUCCUACGAAUGUCAAUGUCUUAAUAGCUUUUAUAAGAAAGUUGAAUCGGCAAGAUGUAUAGACAAAGAUGAAUGUUCAGAUGGAACUGGAACUUGUAGCGAUCCGAAAUCAACGUGCUUAAAUCAAGUGGGCCAAAGCUAUAAAUGUGUCUGUCCCACACCUAUUUAUCAAUUGAAUGUCAAUUCAAGUGGAAGCUGUGUGGAUGUAAAUGAAUGCAGUUCAGGAACGGCUAAAUGUGAUAAAACUAAUGGAUUAUGUACAAAUACGGAAGGAUCAUACACUUGUUCAUGUAAAACUGGUUGGACGCUUUCAAAUGAUAAAUUUACUUGUGUUGACAUAAAUGAAUGCUCAACAUCAAAUGGCGGAUGUGCUCACACAUGCACGAAUACAGAUGGUUCUAGAACUUGUUCAUGUAGAUCAGGCUAUCAGCAGCAGAGCAACACAGAUUGUCUGGAUAUUAAUGAAUGUCUUUCCGGAAACCAUGGUUGCACUCAAAAGUGUAAGAAUAUAGAUGGAAGUUAUGAAUGUGAAUGCCAAUCAGGUUUUACAUUAGCUCCUGAUGGUAGGAAUUGUACGGUUGACAAGGCGUGUGACAGUGGGCAUGGCUGCAAUCAACUAUGCGCGAAAAUUAAUAAUGUUGCUACUUGCCUUUGUAAAAAUUCUUUUUACGUAUUGGACUCAACUAAUAAAACUUGUGUGAGUGUAGAUGAAUGCAAAACAAAUCCCUGCAUAGGUAAUGCAACAUGCACUGAUAAAGAUGAAGGAUUUACUUGCUCUUGUAUAAAUGGAUACAAAUUGAACGCUGAUCAAGUUAGUUGUAAGGAUAGAGAUGGAAACUACACGGAAUGGUCAGAGUGGACAACUUGUACUAAAACAUGCGGAAGUGGGACAAGAUUAAGAAAUAGAACAUGUACAAAUCCUACUCCUGAAGCAAAGGGUUUAGACUGUUUUGCAUAUGGCGGCAGCUUUGAAAUGGGUGACUGUAAUACGAAUAGAUGUCCCAUAUCCGAAAUAGAACUUAGCAAUGGAGUAGUUAUGCGAAUAAAUUCUUCUAUUACUAAGCAAAAUUACCUAUCAGCUCACUCUAUAGUUGGAGAGAAAGUGUCAACUGCUGUAACGAAUAAUUGCCAAACUAAUUUCACUCAAUGCUGUGGUAUAUUUGGAUCAAGGAAACAAAUGAACAAAACGUUAUCUUAUAUCGAAGCUGCGGAUGUAAAGAUUGGUACAGGUUACCCAUUAAAGAACGGAAAAAUACUCGAAGUGCUACUCAUAAUUGUAGCUAAUAAAUCAUCAGAACUUUGUCAGGAUAUAGAUAUAACACCGGCAGCAAGAAGACGAAGAGGAGUUCCUUCGAUAGGACCUUUAGAAAUAGCCUUGCCUCAGUCACUUCUUGAAGAUAUCUUAAAUUCGGAUGCUGUAAGGAAGGCUAUCGCAACUGAAUUGUCAACAAAAUUUAAUGUAGAAGUGAAUAUAUUACAAUCAGCAAAGCCAACUCAAGUAACAACUGCUGCUCCGAUUGCUACAACUACAGGUAUUCAGACAAAACCAGAAGAAUCUGAGAAAAAAUGGGUUAUACCAGUUGCAGUCGUCUGUGCGAUAAUAGGAGUAGCAAUAAUUGUUGUUAUUAUUGUUAUAGUUGUUAAAAAGCCAACAAAAGUAGUUGAUAGCUCACAAUCGCGGUCGCCUACACAAGUACAAGUACAAGGAAAUUAAUAUACAUAUAUAUAUAUAUAUAUAUGAAGCUAUGAAAGCGAAAUGAAAUUUCUAAAGUAAAAUAUUUUAUUGAAUGAAUGAUUUGUUCUAUUAUCAGUAGAAUGCUAAAUCUAUUUAAAGAUUUAUCAACGAAUUCUUGACUAUUGUCUCACUCUUUCAAUAGUAUAAAAGAAGAAAGUUAAGGAAAUUCUCACUUGAAUUUUUCAAUCUUUGACGACAACUUGCUUUUGACAAUAAACAGUAUAAUUUUUAUCACAGUUGCAACGAUCGAUUUACAUUAUUGGUUUUAUAAUACAAUUCCUAUAAUGAC